UGAAGAUGUCAUUCGUGGGAUUAUCCUUCCUGCUGUUUUUGGUUUUCCAAACUAAAGGAAAAGUUCCUACUAGUUCCUACGUCAGACAUGGGACUGUGUCAUGUGACCGAUUGUUCUACGGGAAAGAAUACUGGCAGACAGCGACUGUGAAAGCUUCUGCGGAUCAUCGAUCUGAUACUAACGUGAAAAAGUGCUCGGAAUUUUCAAAUUCUGAUUUGUCGUGUGAAACUGCUGAUUCUCAUGAUCAGCCAUCAACUUCAUCAGUGAAUGGCACUAAAACUACUACUGCCAGCAAGAAGUUCACGUGUUUGUCUAACGUGACUGCUAAUGAUAAAGUGGUCAUCAUCAAUUCAUCUGAUGUGUUCUCAGCCGUGAACGAGACUGGAAGUGUGUGUUGUGCUGUGCUGUUCUUCGCUCGAUGGUGUAGAUUUAGUGCGAAGGCUGCACCAGCUUUCAAUGCUCUUGUCAGAGUCAUUCCAGAGCUUCAGAAGUUUGCUGUUGACAUGUCUUCUUUCUCACCGUUGAACAGUCAGCUUGGUAUAGUCAGCUUGCCUACAUUGCUGUUCUUCAAAGGUGGGAAGGUCAUUUUACGUUUUAACACAACAAUAACGUUGGAAAAUGUUGCUGACUUUGUCAUGCACUAUACAGGUGUACAUGGCAGUGAGAGGGACAUGGCAGAGAUAAGUUUCCGUAUACAAAACAAAGCUGCAUUGUUCAUAAACCUCCAAAGUUAGUCAUGCAAAUUGAGACUCUGUAAACUCUUGUUGUUUCAUUCAUUGUUUUGUUGUCGUGGCCUUACUUUCGAGGAUCGUUGAAUCUCAGUACAAAGAGACCUCUUUCGAUGCUGCUCACAAUGAUGGUACCGCUUUCAAAGUAUGGAUAGUUGCUCCAAGCGCCACUGAAUCCCGGAGAGUUGCAGUCUGGUGCAACAUCAAAGUAGCCCAACUCUCUCAAUUCUCCUUCCUCGAUCUCCGAAACGUCUAAGAUACGAAGCCCAGCACAGUAAUUGGAUUGAAACGCAAGGUUACCCCUGAAACGCACGUAUACUUAGACUGAUGUGAUAAAAUGUGUAUGUACUGUAUAGUGUAUUACUUGAUGUAGAGAUUAUGGUCACUUGCAGUCUCAGAACUGUAGAAGCUGUUAAUGUGUAUGGGCUCAUCGAGUCGGUUGACAUUCCAGACUAGAGUGCGAGUGUUCGGUUGUGAGCCAUACAGCUCGUCCAGCUCAUCAUCCAGAAGAAGAUGAGACUGAUCUUCAGUCAGCCAUCCCUGGUGUGUGUAAUAGUUCUGGCUAUACGGAACCCUCGACAGCAUGACCAAGUUGGACUUGUCAUUGACAUCGACAAUUGUGAGUGUAUCUUCAUUGUAACAGAAGCAAAUCUCUCUAUUGCGGUAGCGCUCGUCUGGACCGCGGUAGAUAAGGCAUUGGGCGUCGUGAACAUAGCCGUCUUCAUCGAAACAGCCGGCAUACUUUGGAUUAGCCGGUUCGUUCACAUCGACCAUAUGAAGACCGCCCCUGCACGUGCGUGUACCGACGGCAUACAUGAAGCCUGUCUCUUCGUUGCUCACUAUGUUAUGUGUGGAGCCAAACUCGUCGUAAAAUGCUGUGUUCGAUAGUAUGCGGACUGGGCUCACUGCUGUCAUCUCUCGCAGCUGUGUGAGAUCGAAGACUUGCAUACCGUGGUUGCUCGCUUCGCUCACGAUGAAUGCGUGGUUCUUGAAAAC